AUCUGUUCUCGAUUAGCACAUUCCUGCUCUAUAGCAAUCCCUUCUCCCCUUCUCCCUAUCCGAAUCGAAAACACAGUGACACCAUAUCAAGUACAACAUGGACGAAGAAAAGGGCCAGUUCAGCGCACAGUCAUCCCCUAUUCGUGAGCCGUCGUUUCGGCAUACCUUCACGAUGCACUCACCUGUGUCCUCGUCCUCGCCGCGGUCCUCGGUGGGGACGUGGUCACCAGCCACCCCAAACUUCUCUCACAAGUUCAGGAACCGUGUACCAACACAGAUGCGAAGGUGCAUACCCAUAUACCUGGCCUGUGUCUCCCUGAUCCUCCUCAUCCUCAACGCCGACCUCCUCACCGUGGCAGUUCCCAAAAGUGGCGGCCCGGUCUUCAAGCGAGGAGGCACUCGGACCAAUGGCGGCCACGCAUCUGUGCCUAUGGCACAAGGGUUCCCAAAGAAGGUGUGGCAGACGUGGAAGAUCGAUCCCCUGCAAUUUGAGGAACGAGACAGCACCACUGCGAGGACAUGGCUCCAGAAGAAUCCAGACUAUCGUUACGAGGUCCUCACCGAUACCAACGACAUGGGAUACGUGGAACUUCACUUUGGCCCAGGUGGCAUCAACCGCCCCGAUAUUGUCGAGAUGUACAGGAGCAUCACCGCCACGAUCAUCAAGGCCGAUCUUCUGCGAUACAUGGUCAUGUACGCCGAGGGUGGUGUGUACGCAGACAUUGAUGUCGAGGCGCUGAAGCCCAUCUCUCGUUUCAUCCCAGAUCACCGGUACGACGAAAACGACAUCGAUAUGGUGAUUGGUGUGGAGAUUGAUCAGCCUGGAUUCCGAGACCACCCCAUCUUGGGCAAGAAGUCCCAGUCGUUCUGCCAGUGGACAUUCAUGGCGCGCCCGAGGCUACCAGUAAUGUUGCAACUGAUUGAGAACAUCAUGAGCUGGCUCGACGGUCUCGCAAAAGAGCAGAAUGUCCCCGUCUCGCAGGUGGAGUUGGACUUCGACCAGGUCAUCUCGGGCACCGGACCCUCCGCAUUUACUGAGGCGAUCAUCAAACAGAUGAACCUGGACCGCCCCAAGGGCACUCCCGAGAUUUCAUGGGAUCUGUUCCACGAACUCGAUGAGUCGAAAGUCGUGUCGCGUGUCCUAGUCCUCGACGUCGAAGCCUUCGCGGCAGGGCAGGGCCACAGUGACAGCGGUAACCACAACGCCCGAGGCGCCUUGGUCAAACACCACUACCACGCCAGCAACUGGCCGAGUCGCCACCCACGGUUCAACCACCCAGCAUAUGGCUCAGUCGAGCAGUGUAACUGGGAUGCAAACUGCGUAGCGAAGUGGGACGCAGACACGGCCGCUUUCGCACUUCUCAAUGAAGAAGAACAGAGGAACCUGAUUGCUUUCAUUCAGAGAGAACAGCAGGAAUUGCUGGAGAGACAAGAGGCCUUCCUCAAGGCAUUGGCACAGCAACAAGUACAACAACCCCUCUUCGAGCAGCCGGCGUUGGCCCAAGAACCACAGGCGCCCAUCGCGGUCGAGAACCACCAUGAGCCUGAGAGGCUCCCUGAAGAGGUUGAGCAGAACCCCGAUGCGGAGAGAGAUUCUGAUGUCGAGAGGCCUCAAGUCGAGAUAGCCGAAGUUGAGAGGACUGAGGUCGGGAGGACCGAGGCCGACAGGCCUGAAGUGGCUGCGGAGGGCCGGCCGGAGGAACAUGAAUGAUGAGCACGCCAUUCUCCUUUGUCGCUAAUUGCAUGAAACAUGUCGGAGUCAUACUGGAUAGGGGUGUUUUGGCGUUUUCAAGACGAGUAAUCCUAAGACUUCCAGAGAAUUCAUCGUCCGGGACGAUGACAAGCAAAAGAGCUAUGUUGAUGACAAGAGAUGGACAUUCUCUCGACGAUGGGAUGUCGUUGAUUCAAGCUUCCGAGGGGCUGCAAUCCUCCGUCGCUCGUUUGCUCGGAUCCCAGACCCAACAGCAUGAGUCACCCGGUUCCACAGCGUUUAUUGUGAUCCUAUUCCGAAACGAUCUGAGGCUGCGAGUGCUGGGGUGGCACGGUUGGCACUGUACGUUGGCGAAAUGAUGUGCGUCGACAAGGGCUGAACAGAUGAGAGGAUUGCGGCACAGCAGCAAACAUGUGUCUGAUCCUUAGGAACAUUCUUCGACCGUGAUCAAACGUUCUCGACUUUCGGUCAACGUGUGUCGAAGUCCCAUCAGCUGCGAAGCUGUCAGUUCAAGGGGACGGCAGGAUUGCGUCGGGGGUCGAGACGCGUCGAGUGUCACGGUGUCAUGGCUGUCUGCGUGUAGGUGUUGGCGGUUGAAUUGGGCGACGAUGACGCCACAUAUAUACAGCGCACAUACAUCACAUACCCUUCGCGAAUACAGAAUUUUAAC